UCUCCGCAUAUUAUCGCCGACCUUCUUCAAUCCCGCAUAUUUAAUCCCACCUUUGAGUCAUCUUCAUAUUUCUUUGGCUGUAUUUGGUCUGGAAGUCAAUAUUGGGAGGUUUGAAGCCCUCUUGAUAAGGGUUUUAUUGAUACUGGCUUGGAGGUCAGGAUCAGUGAGUCAUUGGGAUCACGGUCAUAGUCCGACCUGAUAAGAGCUUGCGAAAAAUUGUCUACCAGACACUCGAACUACUCUGCUCUUCACCACACCAAACUGGGAUCGGAAGAAGCGCUCGCAAACAGACUGCUCUUUGGGAAGGUGUGCUCGAAUCAGGAAGACCGCAAGAAUCUCGCCAGAGAGAGUCUGAAGCUCAACAGAACCACAUCAUUCCUGAAGACCAGCUUCCAUUUCAGGUUGUGCCGUCUUUCAAUUACCACCAUGACGACCUCACAUUUCUCACCAACCCGGUCCAUGGUCCGGACCUUCAUCCGCCACUACUCAGCACCCGUUGACUCGUCCAUUCCAGCAUCCAAACAAAAGUACAUUCCCCACUCCGGUACAUACCCGCAAGGCUUCAAAGUCUCAGGCACACACGUUGGCGUCAAACCCUCCAACAAAUCCCAACCAGAUCUCGCUUUUAUCACAUCCGACCGCCCAGGCUUCGCCGCCGCCGUCUUCACCACCAACAAGUUUCAGGCUGCCCCAGUGCAAGUCAGUAAAGCUGUACUCGAGACCCGUGGUGGUGCCGGCGUCCGCAGCAUUAUCAUCAACUCAGGCUGCGCCAAUGCAGUGACCGGCACAGGAGGCCUCGAAGAUGCCCGCGCCAUGUCUGAAACAGCAACCGCGCAAUUCCAGCAGUCUUCCCAGCCAGAAGACCGUCACGGUGCAAACAGUCUAGUCAUGUCGACCGGCGUAAUCGGCCAGCGCCUACCCAUCAAGAAGAUCCUGUCCAAAAUUUCCACAGCCUACCACAACCUCGCCGACGAUCACAAUGCGUGGCUGACCACAGCAAAAGCUAUCUGCACAACCGACACGUUCCCCAAACUCCUCUCAACGACAUUCACCCUGCCCUCCACGCACCACCAGGGCGUCGAGUACCGCCUCGCUGGAAUGACCAAGGGCGCCGGCAUGAUCCAUCCUAACAUGGCGACACUGCUGGGCAUAUUGUGCACCGAUGCACCUAUCAGCGCCCCUGCACUCAAAUCACUCCUCACAAACGCUGUAAACCGAUCAUUCAACUCGAUCUCAAUCGAUGGCGAUACUUCGACAAACGACACUGUAGCUAUGCUGGCGAACGGCGCCGCUUCUGCUGAAGAUGCACCGCCUAUACACGAUGAUUCCAAGAACGAAGACUAUCAAGCCAUGUCUGCUGUGCUGACAGACUUCUCCCAGCGCCUCUCUCAGCUCGUUGUGCGCGACGGCGAAGGAGCAACUAAAUUCGUGCAAGUCACUGUGCGCAAUGCGCCGACCCACGCGGAUGCAAAAGCUAUUGCCAGCACGAUCGCUAGGUCCCCCUUGGUCAAGACGGCGCUGUACGGCAAAGACGCGAAUUGGGGUCGGAUUCUGUGCGCGAUAGGGUACACUCCGAAUAUCAGUCCCGAGGCGGUAGUCCCGACGAAGACGAAUGUCAGCUUUGUUCCGGCGCCGAACUCAAAGACCAAGGAUGAAGGUGUAUUGAAGCUCCUUGUAGAUGGUGAGCCUGAGAGCGUGGAUGAGGAGCGUGCGGCCAGGUUACUUGAAGAUGAGGAUCUGGAGAUUGAAGUCGAUCUGGGGACGGGCAAGGAAGAGGCGAAAUAUUGGUUCUGCGAUUUCAGUCAUGAGUAUGUGACUAUCAACGGAGACUAUAGGACGUAAAUAUCAGACAGACCAGAGAAAAGACGUGGAAUAUGAGAAUAUGCGAUGACUCUUAUAUUCUUGAUACUGGCGCUGUCUCAGUCCUUGUAGAGUCUCACAUAUUUCUACUAUACAAUAUUUCCUCCUAGCCUCACAAUUCUUCCCAACUUAGAUCCUUGCUAUGCAUCAUAAAAGCAAUGCUUUUGUGUUCAUAAACAUAUCAUCCCCCAACAACCUGUUCUAGAUGCUGAUGUCUACUAGGC